GUCCUUCUCUCUUGCUCUUUCGCUCCCUCUCCAUCUAUCUCCGGAGGAGGAAGAGCAGGGAGGGAGGAGGAGGGAGCCAGAGUCAGCAUCGCUGCACCUGAGGAGGAUGUGGUUUGAGCUGCUUUGUUAAAAGCAGGGAAUGGGAAUAUUAACUUCUACUCACGCUGAAAACAGCCGGGUGUCACUAGAGAGUGAGACGAGGAGGGCGAUAGACGGGGCGUAGUGAGAGAGUUGACGCCAGAGACGUGGGUCGGCUCGUCUUUCCCGCCUUGCUGUCGACGACAUCGCGGAGGGAUUCGCAGUCCACGUCUGGCGGAGCUACGAGACUGAACCGGACUAUUUUCAGCACAAUUCCCGCGCAGACAGCAAACUCACUGGAGUGUUUCCGCCUACAAAGGGACGCUUCACGUCUUAAUGGAAUGCAGCAAGAUUAAAUUCUGAUUUCAAGCCUGGGAGACCCCUGACACUGGCAUGUGCCUCCUACCACAGUCCAUGUGGAUACAGACAAGCGAAAGUAAAUUACACAGCUGAUGAAACCCAGAAGACAGUGGGUCAUGGCUCAGCGUCCAUCAGCACUCUUCCUGAACACGAGACAAUAAUCGUUCAUGCGUGCCCGAUCAAAGCUCAGUAAAACAAGCCUCGUCCUGCUGAUCCAGUGAGUGAGUGAACAGAAUGAGACUGCCGUGGAAAUCACUGGACAUGAUGAGGUGUCUGAGGAAACGCUCCACAAUUCCUUUCCUGAUCUUCCUCAUCACCUUCCUCCUUUUCCUCAACCUCUACAUUGAAGAUGGAUAUGUGCUGGAGGAAAAUAGACGUCAGGUCAGGGAAACGUCUGUCCACCCACUGAGCUCUGACCGCUACGUCCACACCUUUCGGGAUCUCAGUAACUUCUCAGGCGACAUCAAUGUCACGUAUCGCUAUCUUGCUGGCACCCCACUGAACCGUAAAAAGUUCCUCACCAUCGGACUGUCGUCAGUCAAGAGGCGACGAGGGAACUACCUUCUGGAGACCAUCAAGUCCAUCUUUGAUCAGUCCAGUUAUGAGGAGCUGAAUGAGAUUGUGGUUGUGGUCCACCUAGCAGAAUUUGACCUGGUCUGGUGUGAGAACCUGGUCCAGGAAAUCACCCGGAAGUUUGGUCACCACAUUAUUGCAGGGCGUCUCCUGGUGAUCCAGGCUCCGGAGGUGUUCUAUCCUUCUCUGGAAGGACUGAAGAGGAACUACAACGACUCAGACGACAGAGUUCGCUUCCGCUCCAAACAGAACGUGGACUACGCCUUCCUCCUCAACUUCUGCACCAACCUGUCUCACUACUACAUGAUGUUGGAAGAUGACGUGCGCUGCUCCAGGAACUUUCUGACCGCGCUGAAGAAGGUGAUCACCUCACGGGAAGGUUCUUACUGGGUCAUGCUGGAGUUCUCUAAGCUGGGCUACAUUGGGAAGCUCUACCACUCCAAGGACCUGCCUCGUCUGGCCCACUUCCUGCUCAUGUUCUACCAGGAAAUGCCCUGCGACUGGCUGCUCAUCCAUUUCAGGGGUCUGCUGGCCCAGAAGGACGUGAUCCGCUUCAAGCCCUCGUUGUUCCAGCACAUGGGCUACUAUUCAUCUUACAAAGGAGCUGAGAAUAAGCUGAAGGACGAUGACUUUGAGGAGGACUCUGUGGACCUUCCUGACAACCCUCCUGCCAGACUAUACACCAACAUCAAGGUCUUUGAGAGCUAUGAGGCCACCAAGGCCUACAGCUCCAUGGAUGAGUACUUCUGGGGCAAACCUCCAAGUACUGGAGACUUCUUUGUGGUAGUCCUCAACAAGCCCUGUAGAAUAAGUCAAAUUAAAAUCAUUACAGGGUCCGAUGAUCGGCAGAAAGACUUUCUGCACCAUGGAGCUCUGGAGGUGGGCGAGAAACUUGUGGGCACUAAGAAAGGAGAACAGUGUUCCUCUUACAUCACUUUAGGAGAGUUUCAGAAGGGAAAAAUUGAGGUUCCUGAUGUGGACCACAAAAUAUCCUUCGAAAUCGAGUGUGUUCGGAUUGUGGUGACGGCAAGUCAGAAAGAAUGGCUCAUCAUAAGGAGCAUCAGUUUAUGGACCACACAGCCGCUGAACCUAUAAAGAGACUUACAGACUACACUUCUAGGGUAAUUUGAUUUUGACCUUCCAGCUUUAAUUUUGGAAACUUUCUUUUUCAUAUUUAUUUGAACUGUCAUUGCAUUAGUAUCGACAAUCACGUUCAGCUCUUCAGGACGAGAGCUCAGAGUUUAUAUCAAACUGUUUCAUUUAAAUCUUGGAUUAACAUCCAAACUCUCGUCUCAUCUAAAACUCCCGAAUGACAGAUUUCAGGCUUUUACUUGACCUCUUUGGUUUCCCAUGUCCCCUUCUCUUAUCAAAGAAGUAUUUGUGAACACGGUACAAAAUGAUCUCUGCGAAAUGCGUUAGUGAGUUCCAUCUGUGAUGAAUUUAUGCAUCAUUUGGGAUUUGUCCACACAGAAUUGCAUCCCCCUAAGCAUUGUCAGAUAAACAGUAUGUCAUCUGUGUUGUAUUUCAAAGGUGUUACUCUGUCACUUAUGCUUCAUUUAGUCCACAGUCAGUGGCCCAUUUCCAUUUUUCCCAUAUGUUUUUUUUUUUUUCUAUCACUGCACCUGGAGUCUUUAUUUUUUGCUAAUGCAUCUGACCGGAUGACUCAUUUAUUGGGUUUACAUUUAUGCUUUCAGGAAGAUUGUGUAGCGGUAAGAAAAUCCAAUUCUCUACAGAACAGUGGCACCAUUUUUGAAAACUAAGGAACUUGAUAAAUGGUCACCCACAUGAGUAAAAUUUGAACCGUAACCCAACUCUCCACACUCCCUCCCAACUGACAUUAUCUUGAACUCUUCUAGCCAGAAUGCCAAUUUGUGAUGCAGUUCACACACUAUGGACCGAAACUACAAGAGUGAAUUAUCUCUGAUUAGAUGUACUGCUGCAUGAUUCAAGUAGAUGGUCUGUGUUUUAUAUGAAAGAUGCCAUAUUGCAAGAGAUGCUUUCUAAUGGUUUUAAGAUUGGAAUUUGCCGUCAGUUAGGAGGUAGGUAGUGCUGUGUUUAAAAAAUCGAUUUUCUGAUUCCGUACAUUAAUUCCAGAAAAUCGAUUCGUAGGUCCAAAGAUCGGAUUAAUUCAUCUACGUUUUAACACAUAUUCUCCGGGUGAAGUCCAACCCUUUUGACGACCUCACGAAUCAUGUGACGCGACAUCACCCAGCGCUCCUUUCCAAGCCAUCCACCGGGCCACAGCAAAUGGAACUCGAGCGAACUUUACCACUAGCGGGUAAUUCUGCACGCUCUGUCAAAAUAACUGAAGCGAUUGCGGGCUUCAUUUGCAAAGAUAUGCGCCCGUCUUCCGUCGCUGAGAACGAGGGCUUCAGGCGGCUAAUGAAAGUAACAGAGCCACACUACGUUAUGGUGUCUCGCAGACGUCUGUUAUCCCAAACAUGCACCAGUCAGUAAAAGAAAACGUGAAAAGUUAGCUUCAGUCAGCAGUCAGGGUGGGCAUUACAAGUGAUACGUGGACAUCUUCGCAAUCUUACACGAAUCUGACAGCUCACUAUAUUGAUGAGGAGUGAGACCUCUUCUCGUACAUACUACAGACCACAGAGAACUGUUCACAUAGUGCGCAAUGACCGUCAGGUUGCUGUGAAGUCAGUAACCAGCUCUCUGUUUACAUUUUCACUGGCUGAGAAUAUCUGUUUUUCAUUUUGAUAAUAACAUAAAAAUGCAUUAGUAUUAAACAGCAUCAUCUUUUGGGUGAAUUUUUAAUGUGAUAUUUCUAAUAAUGCACCAGUCCCAUGAGCAGUCACAUCUGGCGUUCUGUGUCUGGAUCUUUAUUAUCAUUUACUAUGAAUCCUUCAUUCAUUUCCUGUUGAAUGUCAAUAUGAUACUAGUAUUAAUACGUUGCGUGACUUGUCAUGUGAUUAUGGCAACAGCUCACAAAAUGGUUCAAAUACUAACCUGAAUCGAGAUUGGAUCGGAUUGAAUCGAAUUGAAUCGUGAUAAUCGAUUCUAAGUCAUGAGAAUCGGAAUCCAAUCGAUUCUUGAAAUUAGAAUGGAUACCCAGCCCUAGAGGUAGGCUAGUGAGAGGAUGAUCAUUGACAUAGUACUCUCUGACACAGAAUCGAUGUCUCCUUUAAAGUUUCAAAGUAAAAGGCAGUGUGGGGGUGGGAUGAUAUGGGUAGACCAAUUCGAUACUGUGCUGAUAUUUGGCCAACGAUAACGAUAAUAUACACGAUAUCUGCGAUAUUUGAUGAAUUGCAAGAAAUUCCAUCGACGAUAUAUCACAAAAUAUGUGACUGAAAAAGUAAAAAAAAUGCCCUUAAAAAGAACUAUGCGAUGUAAUUAUGAAUUUAUUCUAUGUACAAUGUAUAAAGAAAUUUGAACAAAAAAAAAUUGUAUUUGCAUUGUGCCUCACUCCCUCCAGUCUUGCUAGUAUAAGCUCUGUACAUCUGGAGAAGUGAAAGUGCAUGAACAUUAAUAACAUGACAAAAGUGAGUAGCUACGGUUCUCAUGUCGAGUGUUCGCGUUUCCACAAGCCAAGAUGCCAUCAGCGCAAUUUUACCUGGAUAGCAAUGGGCCCAUGUCACCGUGGAAAACCUGUAAGUCAACUUGAAAGUUUGUUUGCAACACCGUCGCCAGCUCAGUGCACUGUUUGUCUGUUAAACUUUGAUCAUGACGGAAACGUGCAAGUGCUUCGGAGAACCAUUUGUUCUGAAUUGUUCCCGUUUGAUCAAUGGAGAAAGAGCCAAAGACUCUUGUCCCAAAAAAAAAAAAAAAAAAAAAAGUGGUGGGCCAUAUAGCCUGGAUAGCCUGUUUUUCGCAUUGACAACAUGCUUUAACCAAAUAAUGGAUCAAAUCAAGUGUCACUCGAGAUAGCUGCAACAAACAGGCAGAUUCAUCAGGUUUCCUUCUCGGACAUGCCAGCUCCAGUGUAGCAACAAUACGAAAGGAGAAAACGUGGAUGGCGGAGCAGUUUCAUGCUUCUCAGUAACCAAUGUAUUUCAUUGGAGCGUGGCGUCUAUGCAAACAUAAGAUUCUGAGCGAAUAGACAAACUGAGAUACGUUUGUGAACGGGACAUUUGAACACAGGGACUUUGAACUAAAAAAGAAAAUGCUGGGUAAUCCGAUAAAAUAUUGCUAUUUGCCAUCAGUGUAUCAAUAACUUAUUGUGAAAGGUAGCGCAACAAUAAAUUGCAAUAUCGACUUUUUCCCCGUCCCUAGUUGAAACGGAAUGAAUGCUGCCUGUCCGAAAGCUGGUUGAAAAGUCUGACAAUGUGUGUGAUUUUUUUGGCUUCUCAUGAUGCGUGAACAUGCACCGGGGAAGGCUGACUUCACCGUAGAACGCAAAAGUCCACUUGCAAACAAAUCAGAAUUUGACGUCUGAGGAGUGAGAGCGUGUUGAAACUUACCUUGUGGAGUCAGUGCCGAGCCUUGCGUUCUUAUCUGUCUCUACCCAGUAAUGUGACGGCAAACUUUUCUCACUCACUGUUAAUGUAGUAGCAACUGCCAAAGUACUGGGAAUUAUUCUGUUCAUUUAGAGGUAUUACAUUUUCCCUUGCAGAUAAGUCUUGGUAUCUCAAAGCUGAAUCAUCUCAGGAAGGGAAGUCAAAUAAUUAGCUCUGUUGGAAAGAGAUCAAAUAUGAGAUCUCUUCUCCCUCGCAAACUCAGCAGGCUUCUAGCGGUUCUCACAUUUUUGCUGAUGAAGUCUCCUCUGAGGAGAUGUAGGACACGCCCACUUUUGCCAUCACAUUGUACUACAAACAAUAGGCCACAUGCCUGAAGUUCAGUUUUGCAGUUUUGCAUUUUUAGCCAAAGGAUUGGAGUCUUAUGUAACGGCCCAAAAAUAUGUUUAACUGUUUCCUUUAGAGUCAAACUGGUCUGAUUCUAUAAUGUACGUGUUGGCAGUGGUUGACAUUUCUUUAGAAUCUGGCUUUGUUAUGGAUUUGGUGUAUGUAUUUUACUCAUGUCAAACGUUGAAAACUAGAAAUCUUUCUGGUUAAAAUGACAUGGAACAGCGACAUCUUUAUUACCCGUGGGCUUGUUUCGGAGUUCAUUUAGUUUUGUUUGCAUUUACAAACAUUUCAGUUCAUGGGAGAGUUUGAAAAUCCUGAUGGAUGAAAAGCCUGUUGCCUCACCUCUGAUGGAUUGCCAGGCUAAACAUAAAUGAUUAACCUUUCAUAUAGAAUCAAGCAGCGAGAGCCGAGAUCAUUCAUCAGUGUUUGCAGCCACCGCUCUCCACGAACGUUCCUCUGUUCCGCUCCGUAAUGCCGUGUGCCCUUUUUCACCCCCCAAAAAGUGUGUUGAAGUAUUUGAUUUUCAGGUUUCACAUCUGCACAUGAAAUCUGAAUGAUUUUAUUCUGCCAAAUAGUAAAAAACAAAAAGAGACUUGCCUCCAAGACUCCAUUGGUCACCAGCCACUUUGUGUGUUCACAGGAACUGGACUGUGGAAUCAACUAUUGCUAUAUAUUGUAUUGCAAAACCACUGAUUUCCAGAAUGGAUUUUUUUUUAGAUCUCUCAGACCUCAUAACAUAAAUUAUGAAACCAAACCGAUCAUGCUUCUGUGCUUUUUUUUCUUUUUACAAAAUUACCAAAAAGAUUUUUUGAAAAACAUUUAUUCUAAAAAGUGAACAUAAGCACCACCAUUUGGAAACACAGCAGAAAUCUCAUUUUCGAAACCACGCUUUAUCAGUUGCAGUCAGGUACACUACUCGCAUGUAUAGUAUUCAAUAAAAAUGUGGGGCCUACAGUGCCAGGAACCACACACUGUAGGCACCAUUUUUCUUCUGCUGUUGGCACAGGAAGUCAGUUGCCUCCACCGUAGCCUUAGAACCUUCUUAAGGCCGAUUUAUGCUCAGCGUUACGUAUGGAUCCGUAUAUGGACGAAGCCUUUUGCCUGUUUUCCUGUUAAUUUCAUCCAUAGUUCCACAAAGCAUAUGGAUAUGGGCCAAACAGAGCAGUACCACUGGAAGGCAGUGUUGCUGUUACUAUCUGAUACGUAGCUCUGAGACACGAAGAAGACAUAACAAUGCCGGAAACAGCAAAUGUCAACGUGUGACAUCAAUUGAAAAGGGCAACACGUCAUUACUGGUACCAACUUCCCCACAAAGUACUUGUUCUGAAGAGGUGGCCAGCGUUUCAGGAGCGCUGAAACUCAUACGCAGCAUUGUUUAUGUCAAAAAGCGACUCGAAUGAAGACAUCACAACAUGGAACUGUAAUCUUUACAUCUUUUCACCAUGCAUAAAUUGUGUAUUGUGGUAUUGUGCUGACAUAUAUAUAUAUAUAGAUAUAUACAUAUAUAUGCAGUAUAGUCAUCAAGCAGCGUGGCAGAGAUACAUAAGAGGUUUCUGCAUGCCUGUCAUGUCUUCAGCGAUGGUUCAGGACAGAUAAUAAGCUUACACGAUAGCUCCACUGGGAACUCCGUACAGUGUCUCCAAUUGGCCUUUAAUUAUUAUUCCUCCUUGAAGAGCUCACCAGGAAAGCACCAUGGGUCAUUGCUAUCUUAAAUAUUCAUUAAGCAUUUUUUUCCUCCCUCUUCAAUAUUCCCUCUCGAUAUCAUCAUCCCUUUCUGGAGCUGGAGGGGAAGGUGUGUGUGUGUGUGUGUGUGUGCAGAGCUCCUCUGCUGUCUGGGCUGUCUGCAGAAGAACAAUGUUUGCUUUCUCGCAUCUUUUCCAGCGCUGAGAUUAGAUUGCACUGUGAAGAAUGGGCCAGGGCUGCUCCUAGCUCUGUCUCCUUUUCUUUUCUUUUUUUUUUUCCCCUACCGCAGCACAAUUUUCCCUCAGUAAAUUGGUUUGUGUUUGCCUCGUUCUCUACACCAGCAAAACAACAUCUCCCUUGGAGCUAAAGGAUCUCAAUUCGUUCCUUCCCUCUACUUUCAGAAGGCCUAUGUUUGGGGAUGUCAGUCUGUGAUCUCUGCUCUCUGCUCACAGCAUGCUUCUGCGUGGAAAACUUGCUUUGCUUUGAAGAUGAUUUCGUGAUUCUCCCGCCUCGUCUUGGGGUUUUCUUGAACGACUAUUUGACGCUGCACUGUGUCAUACACAGUAAAGGAUUCAGAUUGUGCCCAAGCCUUGCUGCAGCUCUGAGUCCACCCACUAACCAUGUCAGAAAAUUUGAACCACAACAUCUUUCGGGAGGGAAAGUCAAACAGCAUUGUAUCCCGUCAGUUAUGUGAAAUUUUGCGUUCAUGACUUGAAUUUCAAACCAAUAUUAUUAUUUGGUCCGGACUGAAUGACCUGUCCCCGUGUGAUGUUUUGUCCCUUGUAUUGAUAUUUUUGCCCUCCACUUAACACAGUAUAUGUGGGGGUUUUACUUUGAAAAUUCAACUGUUAAACCUGUUUAAAGGGUCAGUGACAUCCAUUCCACCGGUACCUGAUUAGUAAGAAGAAAACUGCUUUCAUUCCAUGUAGAAUAAAAUCAAUAAAAUCUUGGUUGUAAAUUAGACCAUAAAUUACGUUGUGAUUGGUAUAUGUUUCACGUAAGUGGGUCAAACGGCUCUGUAUUUCGUGUUUCUUGUUCUUGUUCUUUAAACUCGAUUGACCAAUCUCUCAUGACGCUCUUCAUCUUUUGGUUAGAAGAACAUAAGGCUUACCUGCACACUGGAGUGAUUGGAACAUCCAGCCAUCAGCUUUGUUUUACCUGCUUCUAAUGCAUAUGCCAACAAGGUCCUAACUCGUGUGACGUCAAAGAGGUUGUGAGAGCGCUAAAUCUGACUCACCUAGAAAUUGUUCUACACUCAUUUAGCAUUGUGAUUCAACAGAACCAAUUUUUGUAGACGAUGUAUGAUCAUUUCAUGCUGCAUAUUUAGACACUGUUCCUGAGGCUUGUCUGUGGCUUUAAAAGUUGUGAGGCGAAGAUCAGUCACAUGUCACAAAUUCCAGUGAAGCCAAAAGGUAAAAAGGUACAGACACAUUUAUGCUCCUGAACCAAUCCAAGGGACUUCAUGAAACAAUUGAUUUAAUCUACAAAUCACUACAUGUGUGUCAUGUCCAGGGUCCAACAAGUUAUUUGAACUGUGAUCUGUCUUCCAGUGAAGCAUGUGCCAAGUGCAUGAAUUGAAAAAAUCUUGUGAAAACAUUUACACAGGUAAAAUAUUCCCUUUUUUUGUAUGUCAGGGCUUUUAGCAUCUGCUACUGAAAGUGUCCUAGCUGAUACACCACAGAUGUACUACCUUGACCACUGGAGCUCAAAUGUGUGUAUGUAUGUGUGUAGGAAAUGUUGUUCCUGUGUCAUAUUUUAUGUUUUCUUUUAUUACUGGUGCAGUAUGGUUAGAAGCUGUAUUUUUUUACUGGAAUCAUUUCCAAUGUUGUCUUAUUUAUUGUAUUUCAAAUAA